AUGAAGGUGGAAGCGAACAAUGGCGGUUACUAUGUUGGAGUGUGAGUUGGAAAAAUUAUUCGUAAGGUGAUCCUCGGAAAUUCCGGAUUUAAACACAGCAACAUAGCAUGCUGCUAGGGAGCAGAAAUAAGAGUUCGAAUGGUAAUCAAAAGGUAUAGUGUGGAUAAAGGGUUCCGGAGGCUUAUCGUAUGAUGGUUUAAUAGUCUCCAAUUUUGUUAGGAAAUUCUCAGUCUUCGUAACAUAGACCGUAAGAGUAUGCACAUCCACCUUGAAAUCCUUAUUUGGACGGAAGAUUGCGUCCGAUUGAACACUCGCCACCCCUCUACCCAGUACAGGUACUUAUUCUACUCCGGAUUUGUGCGGUAUGUGUCGGAUGUGAUAUCAAAGCUUGUGAGGUCGUCCACUUUAUCGAAGAUGUCUCUGGAAUCCACGGUUCCGUCCUUGGCAAAGGUGACCUCAAAGUCAAACUUAGAUAGGGUUGCAUUGGCAUAUUUUUUUAUGAAGUUCGUCUUCAUUUCCGGAUUUCAAUAGGUGCUGCUGCCUUAACCUUCUCAUAAUUCUUUCCGUAGUAGUUUCGGAAAAUAUCCUCACUCAUUCUUUUAUUUGAUGUAAAGUUCUAGCAAGACAUCUCCGGGGAUGAUUCCUGUAUUAGGUCCAAUUUCAAACCGAAUUUUACUGUAUUUACCAGCAUCCACCCGUACUUGGCUUUCAAUGUCGUUGUAUUUGGUUGUGGUCCCGAAGAGAGGUCUUGUCCCAUCAAUCGGAAGGGAUGUGAUGACGGUACUCCGACUUCCGUACGGUCCAAUGCUAUGCUCACGGUUUACAAGGUUACAGCUGACUGUGAGGUACCUCAGACCUUCAUGGAUAUCUACGGAACGAUCGCUAAUGUGUGGGGUGUAUGUAGGACCAUUGGAGGACCGGUAUCCCAAAAUACUCGUGAGAUUUCGGAGUCCUGCGGAAUUUGUUCCCUUGGCAAAGUCAAUCCUUAUCCUCCCGUCAGGAUAAUCCUCAAGUGUUAAUCCGUUUUCCUCCAAUUCUUUCUUAAUCUGUUUAAAGGUCCAAUACCCUUCAUCUAUCAUAAUCUUCUUUCCGUCUACAGAAAUGUAGUUAUUAUACCCCCUUCGAAUGUUCUUAUAAUUCCAAAACACAGCGGCAGUCUUUACGUAAAGUUCAGAUCCAUGGGUAAGGAUCAGUGGAUCCUGUAAAUCCAGGGUAACCCCUCCGCUUUCAACAUAGAAUGUUAUCUUCUCCAUGUUUUAUUUACAGGUAAUAAAAUGAGUCUACCAUUAGAUGUAGCUCUCCGGGAAAUAUAUUUUAACGUUAAUGGUGGGUACAUGUCGAUGGAAAAAUUAUACCAAAGUGCAAAGGAGGAGGGUAUAAAGGGAGUUUAUAGCCGGAAAAAUGUUAAGAAAUGGUUACAAACACAAAAUACCUACAUCAUUAACAAACCGUCCAGGAAACAUUACAAAACCCAAAGGACCUAUGUGGACGGACUUGCACAACAAUCCAAAUGGAACUUGUGGAUAUGAGUAAGUUCAGUGAUAAGAAUAAGGGAAACCGUUGGAUCCUAACUGUCAUAGAGGUUCUGAGUCGACGUGCCUUUGCCGUUCCCGUAUGGAGGAAAAUACCGAAAGCAUGACGAAGGCUGUUGAAAAUGUGCUCGCACAAUUUAAGGAAAGGUUCGGUAGGUAUCCUAAAACGGCACAGUACGUUCGACGAUGGAAAGGAAUUUUACAAUGUAGGAGUAAAGACAUUGCUAAAAUAUUACGAUGUCCAUUACUUUUCCACAAGGACCUUCCGGAAAGCUGCACUUGUCGAAGGAUUCAAUAGGUCUCUGAAAACAAGGAUGUGGAAAUACUUUACGGAAAAUAGGACGAAAGUUUGGGUGGACAUCUUACCUGCUCUCGUUAGAUCUUAUAAUAAUACCACACACAGAACAAUAGGGAUGAAACCGGCGGAUGUGAAUGAGAAAAUAAGGAUAAAGUUUGGACGAGGAUCUAUGGGUACCCACUGGACAGUUUUCCAAAUCCUAAAUUUAAGGUUGGGGAUAUGUCAGGGUGGAAAUAAAGCACAAAACAUUUGAAAAGGGAUACGAACCUAAUUUUGACAACGAACUAUACGUCGUACAGCAGUAUUUCGUGGAUAUCCUAACAUGUAUAGCUAUUGACGAGGAUGACUUUCUUUCAGGACUAGACGACGAUCAAAGACUAGACGAUGCAAAAACCUCCAGUUUCCGUGAGGAAAAUAGGGACGAUAAGUAUACAAAGAGGAAAAGGCAGUUAUAUGAACUGAGCACAUAUGGAAAAUUUGAUGACAUAAAGAUAGAAUACGUCAGGAGGCUUUUCCAAACUGAGUACCGAAUAGAUCCGACCGACGGACGAAACUCUUAG